AGGUUGUGUGCGCGCGCACACAUACAUUCACAUGGUUUUAACCUCUCUACUUCGAAAAAAGAAAACAAGAUACCAGAAGAUUAAAAGUUAUAAAAAUUUCCUUGAUCUUCGUUUUUAAUAAAGCAACAAGUUUUUCAUAAAACAAUUGUGCACCGGCGUCCCAUGCAAGGUUUUGUCCGAUAUGACAGAGUAAAUCGAGUCCACGUGGAUGAAUUGACAUAUGGAAAUAUCUGCAUGAAUUGCUGCGAUCCAUCGUCCUCGUGAUAAAAUGGAAAAGGAGUCGAUCACGGUUUCAAGAGCGAGACUCAAAUAUGACAACAAACUCAUUUUGGCACCUAUGGUGCGUAUCGGAACGCUUCCAAUGCGUUUACUCGCUCUGGAUUACGGUGCGGACAUAGUUUACACCGAGGAGCUGAUCGAUAGAAAAUUGCUUCGUUCGAUUCGUCGCGAGAAUGAUGUCCUGGGCACAAUCGAUUACAUCGACAAGACUGAUGGUACCGUAGUGUUUCGAACUUGUCCUCGAGAACUAGAGCACGUGGUUCUUCAAAUUGGUACGUCAGAUCCUUCAAGAGCUGCCGAAGUCGCUCGUAUGGUGGAAAAGGAUGUUGCCGGGAUAGAUAUUAACAUGGGCUGUCCAAAGAAAUUUUCAAUGCUCGGAGGAAUGGGCGCCUCUCUUCUCAACGAUCCACAAAAGGCAACCAGUAUUCUGCAAAAACUAAUUAAAACUGUAACGAUACCAAUUACGUGUAAAAUACGUGUUUUGCCUAAUCUGGAAGAGACUCUCCGACUUUGUGAUAUUCUCACUUCUACUGGUAUUGAAGCUAUUGCCGUACAUGGUCGCACAAUUGAGGAGAGACCGCAACAUCCCAAUCGAAAUCAUGUUCUCAAGCAGAUUUCGGAGAGGCUCUCGAUACCAGUUAUUGCGAAUGGUGGCUCCAAAGAUAUUCAACGUCAUUCCGACAUAUUUAGGUUUAAAGAGGAAACAGGUUGUAGCAGUGUGAUGCUCGCUCGCGCAGCUGAAUGGAACUGCUCGAUAUUUCGUAAAGAUGGUCUGCUACCAAUGGAAAGUGUCAUAAAAUCAUAUUUAAAGUACGCAGUUGAUUAUGACAAUUCACCUUCCAAUACGAAAUAUUGCGUACAGAAUAUUCUACGGGAACUUCAGGAAUCUCCUCUAGGGAGAAAGUUUCUCGAUUCGCAAACGUUGGAACAAAUAUGUGAAGUAUGGGGAUUGGGUGACUAUUGCCGAUCCAAAAAUAAGGAAUUUCGAGAAAAGGGUUUGUUAGGUCGAUUUCAAGUAAUGCCAGUAAUGCUCGACAAAGAUACAAAGGACAAUAAUUUUUCUCAGAAAAGAAAAAUUUAUGAAGACAGCGAUGUUUCUCUGAUGCGUUGUGCUUUUUUGAGAAACAGCUACUCGACAGACUCUGAACUGCCAAAGACCAGAUUACUCAAGUGGACCAAGGAAAAUCGUAAAAAAAUGCCAGUAUACAAUACUCGGCAAGAAGAUAAACUUUUUUGUUCUAUAGUUACUGUCGAUGGUAGAAAGUAUGGUUCCUCCUUCUGGGAAAAAAAUAAAAAUGGGCUGAACAAGGCGCCGCUUUAGUAGGUCUCUAUUUCUUAGGAGUGAUCGAUGAGGAAAGUCUUUCAGCAAGUGGUAACAUCAUUUCACGAUGA